UUUGUGUUUCAGUUCAGGAUAGUCUAAAUGGCCUAUUAUGUCCUCCAGUCGGACUAAUAGAUAAAUAUGAGGUCAUGACAAUACAAACAACGACGACGAUGAAUGGAUGCGCUUAUAUGGAAAAAGCCGUGCUACCAAGCCUAGUCCCAUUAUUUCACCUGUGGCUAGAACGUCCCGAGAAAACUAUGGUACAUGGGCAUUGCAAUGACAUGGAGAAUAUGGACCACUUUAUUUUUGAGUGUAUAUCGAAAGAAAAUCCGACCAAUAGGAUAGAUGUUGAGAAAGGCUGGAAAUAUAUUUCAUUGCUUGAACAUACAACCGAAGAAAAAUCUCCAACCUCAAUGAAAAAUGAAACCAAAAGUGUGAGAAAAUCGUUCAGAUGUGCUAUGUACGAUGUCACUGACUAUGAUCUAGACGGAGUCAGAAUCAUACGAAUAGCUAUUGGAAAAUCAAGCGAUGAAAUAUUCAAUGUACAACAAUGUGAAGGCCUAGGUAAUCUACUGGGAGAAACUGCUCUUCCAUUCGUUCCCGAGGGCGAACGGGAAUGGCCCGAUGGCUCAUUAUAUUUAUAUAUGAUUGGAAAGAAACCAUAUAUGUCGACAUAACAAUCAAAUAAGAUCUAAUGAGAAGAAUGCAGUAUCCAGUCUUCCAACUACAACUGCUACCACCAUCAGUAAUUAUAUACGAUAAAAAAAUAUUUUGUAAAUAAUGAUUAUUGAUCUUUAUUUUAGGUUUACUUAUAAGGGUUUUUUUUUAUAAUCAAUGACAUUAGUUAAUAUUACAGUUUUUUCUUAAAAAUGUUAUUUUAUUCAUCACCUAUUGUUUGUCAGUGGAUACCUAUGGGCUAUGAUGUCCUUCAUAUUAUAUCCAUAAAGUAAUUUGUAUUAAAUAUAAUAAUAAAAUAAUUAUAAUUACUAUGAAUACUGCGUUUUAACCAGUGUAGAUACU